GUGUGUUAUGUGUGCCAUGGUCUGAGCCGAGCCGUGUUGACAAUAGAAGCAGCAGCGGCCCCGGAUCAUAAACGAGCCGAGGAAAAACAGCCAAAAUCCAGGGGUUCGGGGGAAGGCCAGCCGCCACAGCAACCUCUCACGGGAAUGUAAACGCGUCAGCCGAGUCGUUUUAUAAAGCCGUGUUUUGUUAUUGAUGGAAGUUUGAGGAUUGUUGGGGGGGAAAAAGGCGACUCGUGGUUUUUUUGGCUGUUUUCAGGCCAAAGAUUUUCCUGCUGGGAAACGCUGUUCGCACCGAGCUGGAGGUGUUAGCCUCACACUUUUAGCCGCCGCCGCUAGAUUCCCCCCCAGUUUUUGUAUCCAAACAUAGGAUUAAAGUCCUCGCCUUCUUCGUCUCCGUCGCGAACCGCAGAGGAUCAAGCAGGGCUAUGUCCUCGGCAGCCACCACAUCUCCAUCUGUGGACAAAGUGGACGGAUUUUCACGGAAGUCUGUCAGGAAGGUCAAGCCCAAGCGGUCGCAGAGCUCGUCCCAGUUCCGCUCUCAGGGCAAACCUAUAGAGCUCACGCCCUUGCCACUGCUCAAGGACGUGCCGGCGCUGGAGCAGCCGGAGCUGUUCCUGAAGAAGCUGCAGCAGUGCUGUACUGUCUUUGACUUCAUGGACACGCUGUCGGACCUCAAGAUGAAGGAGUACAAGCGCUCCACGCUCAAUGAGCUCGUGGACUACGUGACCGUCAGCCGGGGAUACCUGACGGAGCAGGCCUACCCCGAGGUCGUCAAAAUGGUUUCUCACAACAUAUUCCGGACCCUUCCGCCCAGCGACAGUAACGAGUUUGACCCUGAGGAGGACGAGCCCACACUCGAGGCCUCCUGGCCACACUUACAGUUGGUAUACGAGUUCUUCAUCCGGUUUUUGGAGAGUCAGGAAUUCCAGCCCAGCAUUGCCAAAAAGUACAUAGACCAGAAGUUUGUCCUACAGCUCUUGGAGUUGUUCGACAGUGAGGAUCCUCGGGAGAGAGACUACCUGAAGACAGUCUUGCAUAGAAUCUAUGGAAAAUUCCUGGGGCUGAGGGCUUUUAUACGAAAACAGAUCAAUAAUAUUUUUCUACGUUUUGUUUAUGAGACGGAGCACUUCAAUGGGGUGGCUGAGUUGCUGGAGAUCCUGGGGAGUAUAAUCAAUGGUUUCGCUCUGCCACUGAAAGCAGAGCAUAAACAGUUUCUGGUCAAAGUGUUGAUCCCGCUCCACACUGUCAGGAGUCUGUCCCUCUUCCACGCACAGCUGGCGUAUUGCAUUGUACAGUUCCUAGAGAAAGACCCAACAUUAACAGAACCAGUCAUCAGAGGAUUACUGAAGUUCUGGCCAAAAACCUGCAGUCAAAAAGAGGUGAUGUUUCUCGGAGAGCUGGAGGAAAUCCUCGACGUCAUCGAGCCCACACAGUUCGUCAAGAUCCAGGAGCCGCUCUUCAAACAGAUCUCUAGAUGUGUCUCCAGCCCACAUUUCCAGGUGGCAGAGCGAGCGCUCUACUACUGGAACAACGAGUACAUCAUGAGUCUGAUCGAGGAGAACUCCAGCGUCAUCCUGCCCAUCAUGUUUGCCAGCCUCUACAGGAUCUCCAAAGAGCACUGGAACCCGGCGAUCGUGGCGCUGGUGUAUAACGUCCUGAAGGCCUUCAUGGAGAUGAACAGUACUUUAUUUGACGAGCUCACGGCCACUUACAAGUCAGACCGUCAGCGUGAGAAGAAGAAGGAGAAGGAGCGCGAGGAGCUGUGGAAGAAGCUGGAGGACUUGGAGCUGAAGCGAGGCCUUAGGAGCGACGGGAUCAUCCCGACUUAACGAAGACAGCGCCGCGCUCCCCCCUCCUCCUCACUUUCACCUCCCCCCUCCUCCUCCUCCUCCACCUCCACAUCAGCCAUGUCUGCCCAGAGUCGGAAAACUCCAGAUGAAAGGCGGUCGUCUCUGGACGGACGCGGAGGCCGCUGGUUUCUUAACGUGUUUUUUUUUUUCUUAUGUUUGUUUGUUGUUGUUUUUUUUCUCUCCUGUGUUUAUGCGACUUACUUUACAGUAGAUUCAUCACCGUCUGUUUUCAUUCUUUCAACAGCACUGUAAAUAAUUAUUAUUUUUCUUUUCUUUUUUUUCUUUUUUCCCUUAAACUGAUAUUAUUGCAAACAGAAAAAAACAAAACAGUCAUCAUAAGAAUAAUAAUAAGAAUAAUAAGAAUAAUAAUAAAAGAAAAAAGGAGGAAAAAAAAAUAGAAAAUGAGAAAAUGACUUGUGUGGGAGGGGGGGAUUUAAACGACAAGAAGACAAAAAAAGAAAGACGACGUUUGGACAUGAAACGAACUGUUGGAAACAAACAAAAACAAAAAAGAAGAAAAGACAAAAAAGAUGAUGAUUUUUAAAAACCUUCAUCCUCUUCUUCCUCUUCGUCACCACAGUCUCUCCUUCCUGACUUUGAGUUUCCUGGUUUUCCUCUUUGUUUUUCCUCCCAGGCCCGAUAUCUGCCUCCUCCUCCUCCUCGUGCACUCCCUCCUCCUGGUCCAACUUCCUUCUCGUGCACUCCCUCCUCCUCGUCCACUUCCUCCUCCUCGUCUUCCUCGUCCUCAUCCACUCCCUCCUCCUCGUCCACUGCCUCCUCCUCUUCCACUUCCUCCUCUCCAGCUCCGACUUCCUGUUUCAAACGGGUUCAUAUAAAGCAGUAAAAACAGGGACAUUUUAAAAGUGCGUUUACAUGCGAGUUCACACUCGUUUUCACCUUUUUGUUUUGUUUUUAAUCGCCCGUUAAAUAUAACGUCGUUAUUUCUGUUUAUUUCCGCGUUAAUAAAAUGUUUUGUCAAAUAUUUUAAUGUUGGUGAUGAGAACAGGAAGUGAUGUGAAAUAAGCUAACAUGUUUACAGACUUCAGCUUCAGCAGAGCAUGAUGGGAAAUGGAGUUCAGCUUUACAGAACAUUAUUGUCCCGAAUUAAAGAUAGUUUAUUUGGUUAUUUUGAGUCUGGUUAGCGUUGUUUUGGUGGGCGUGUCCACUGCCUGGUGCGUGCAGCUGCGUCAGAGGAGUUUUCUCACUUGUACAAACAAAGCAAUUUUUCACGUUUUGUGUUAACUCACAUGUGGCUAACGCUAAGCUAACUCCACUCAUCGAAAAAAGAAAAAAAAGGGCUACCAUCAGUUUGAAAACUGCCAAUUACUGAGUGACCGGGACUUUGUUUGCGACUUUGAUCGUUCGUCCGUCUCGUUUUUCAAAACGUCGUAGGCUAGCGAUGCUAACGAUGCUAACUCCGCGGGGAACAGUGUGGGGAACGGGUCGACUCCCAUCUCUGUGAUGUCACCGCGCUAAAAUAAAUGUUCACGGUAAACACUGGAGGAACUUGACGCCGUCACAUCCUGUUUUGCCGUUAAUAGCGCGACUUCACUUCCUGUUUUUUUUUAUUUUUACAAUUUGUGUCAUUUUUGUUUCGAGUCGGAGUUGAUCGCACUACUACAAAAGGAAUAAAAACAACUAAAAAACGCAGUGAACUGUUGACAUGUAAACGCACUCCUUCCUCUUCCUCUCCAUCUUCAUCACGUGAUUAAUUUUCCUGCCCUUCAUCCAAUUUUCUCUCCUUGUUUAUCAAACAACCGUUUCCUGGUGUCAGUCUGGUACUGGUACCACCUCCUCUUCCUCCCCCUACUCCUUUUCUUCCUCUUCCUCCAUCUCCUUUUCCUCCUCCUCUUCCUCCCCAUCGUCCAUCUCCUCUUCUUCCUCCUGCUCCUCCUCCUCAUGUUAUGGACGUUCUGAAAAAAGAAAGAAGAUCAUCCUGAAUCUUCAGAGGAGCCAAACACAAACCAACUUCUUUCUCGCCUCAGCCCUCCUCGCCAGCGGGGGGCGCCCUGCUGCCACCACCAUCACUGCUGUGCUAACAUCUAACGUGACGACAGAGACAGAGAGAGAGUGUACAUUGUUAUUCACUGAUUUUCUUGUAUCUUGUAGAAAUUUAGCUUUUUUUUUUUUUUUUUCUUUUUGUUUGUUUUUUCGUAGGAAAGUUUCAGAGGAGUAUUCAGUAUAUAAAGAGGUAUUAUUACGGAAGAAGACUUCCUGGUAUUUAUGAUAGCGCCCCCUCUCUUUUAGUCCGUUGAUGUCUCUGACUCCUCCCUCUUUGGUUUUUAUCUCAUUUUCAACGUUUUUCUUUUUGACCAUUGGAUCCAUUUAUUUUUUUUCUUUUCCUUAUUUAGUUGGGGUAGGGAGGGGGAGGGGCUUAGGGGUGAGGGCAAGUAGGCAGGGGGUCAGAGGUCAGAUGGAGGGAGGGAAGGAAAAAAGAAGACCCGGAGCAGAAGAUUUUUGUCCUGAUGGGAGUUUUGACGGGGAACCUCCUCCUCUUCCUCCUCCUCUUCUCUGGCAGAAUUACAUGUGUGCUUUAGAACGGCCCCGGAAAUAAUAUGAUUUAAAAACUGAAGAGAAAAAAAAAAAGAUUUAAAAAAAUAAGGGUUGGAGAAAUACAAAUGUUUAAUUAUUUUAAAAAAUAAAGAGAUAUUAAAUUAAACCUGUUUUGUGAUAAAGCCCAGA